UGGUGAUGGCGCCCAUCGCGCGGAUUCCCUUGGACUGCUGUUAAAUGUUUUCUCUCCUCAGCUCCGACACGACAAUGGACGGAAAUGUCUUCCCUGACCAAGAACAGCUGCUGGGAUUUCUGAAAAAGCUGAAAGAAGUCUUCGAUGUGUGUGACGAAGAUGCAGAUGGUUAUAUUCGUGUUGAGCACCUAGUGGACCUUGGUCUACAGUUCGGGCAGGGAGAUGAGGUGAAGAAGUUUGCCAAGUACCUGGAUCCCAAUGCACACGGCAGGAUCAACUUCAAAGACUUCUGCCAUGGAGUGUUUGCCAUCAAAGGUUGUGAGGGCAUCUUGAAGACAGCGUUGGGGACGCCUCAAGUGGACACGCGCCCAUACGAGACGGACAAUGGCUACUACUACCAGAUCAUGCAUCAUAGUGGAGACUGUCUCUGCAGCGCUGCAGUCGGUUGGGAUGCUGGUGACAAACAACAACAGUGGCAGCUGUACCGUAGCCGUGGCGAUGCAGCAUCAGGACCACAGCAUCCCUCUUGA